UUCACAACCAACCUAGUCCUCCUCACUUCUAUAUUUCCAGAGAGGAAAGAGCAAAUAAUGGGACACUGAGUAGAGCUGCAGCUUUCAAGAGAGACAUUUUCUUUUCUUCCUUGGAGGAGCCUUUGUUGUGGAAGUAAAUGCAACACAGCAUACAUUGUACAAAAAGACGACGCGUGAGACUCGCUUUUGCACAGGAGCAAUCCAAACAGCAGCACAAAAGUCAGUCCGGAAGAAAAGAAAUCUCAGCGAUGAAGCCAAUCACUGUCAUCAGUGCUCUUUUGCUUCUUCUCCAUAUCUCUUCUCAAUGUGCAGAAGCAUAUAGGCAGCACAGACAAGUUUCUACUGGAAACCAACCAGGUGUGUGUCGCUAUGGCAGGAGGCUGGAGUGUUGCUUUGGCUGGAAGAAAAAUCGCAGAGGCCAGUGUGAGGCUCAGUGUGAGCCAGGCUGCAAGCACGGCGAAUGCGUUGGCCCAAACAAAUGCAAGUGCUUCCUGGGAUACACCGGAAAAACGUGCAAUCAGGAUUUGAACGAAUGCGGUUUGAUCCCUCGUCCGUGUGAACAUCGCUGCAUGAACACCCAUGGCAGUUACAAGUGUUACUGCCUCAACGGAUACACGCUGAUGCCUGAUGGAUCUUGUGCCAAUUCCAGGACCUGCUCGCUCGCUCAUUGUCAGUACGGCUGUGAGGAGGUUCAGGGGGAGAUUCGCUGCCUCUGCCCCUCUGUGGGGCUGCAGCUGGCUCCAGAUCAGAGGACUUGCGUAGAUAUUGAUGAAUGUGUUACUGGAAGCAACCUUUGUCCAUACAACAGGCAAUGUGUGAACACAUUUGGCAGCUACUUCUGCAAGUGUCAAGACGGAUAUGAUCUGAAAUAUGUCAACGGCAAAUACGACUGUGUAGACCUGGAUGAGUGUGCGUCCAGCACCGACAAGUGCAGCCAUCAAGCUGUCUGUCUGAACACUCAAGGAUCGUACAAGUGCAGGUGCAAGUCAGGCUUCCGAGGCAAUGGCUUUGAAUGCUCCGUCAAGCCAUUUUAUCAGAGGUUAUGGGAUGGAAACAAAGGCAGUGCUGAUCAUGUUCUCAAUGCCAUCCCAGACUCCCAAGUAAGGCCUGGAAUUCUGGGAGGAAAACUUGAGAAUGAGGACAUCAAAAACAUUAUCCCUGAAUCAGUUGUGACCCCACCUCCGAGGAGCCACCAGCAGCCUUUUGACUACGACGGAGAGGUCUACAUCGGCGAACCAACUGUGGAGACCCCAGUGGACGAGUUUCUUGAGGAAGAAGACGAAGAAGAAGAAGAAGAGGAGGAGGAAGACAACCAGCUCAAUCCAAGAGGAGAUGUUUUCACAUCAGAGGAUUUUGCAUCAGUUUUUGGUCCAGCCAGAGAGGUCCAACAGCUUGAAACAGCGCCACUUCAGGAAGAGUUUAUCAUGGAUUGCAACUUUGAUCAGGGAGCAUGCGAGUGGGUCCAAGACAAGGCUGAUGACAUGGACUGGAGCGUAGCUUACCAUGGCAAAGGUGCUGAGUACUACAUGUCCAUGAGUGGUCUGCAAGGGGAGCCAGAGGACGUUUCCAAGCUCAAGUUGCUACUCAGUGACCGAACCCAGCAGGGCAGCUUCUGCCUGACAUUCAACUAUCGUGUGGUGGGUCAUGACGUGGGCUCGCUCAGGGUGCUGCUGGAUAACAACGCUUACCCGGUGUGGGAACAGAGCCACAGCAGGAAUCAGGAAUGGCAGACAGAGCUCCUCACUGUGGCCUGGAAAGAAGAAGCACCGCAAUCAAUCAUCUUUGAAGCGCAGCGCGGGAGAGGAGUCGGAGGGGAGAUCGGGCUGGACAAUGUUGUGCUGACCUCAGGUCCGUGUCAAGAAGAUGACUCUCUGAUCUUCUAAAAAUCAACUGUUUCAAAGUCAAAUCAACAAUGUUUCAAAAAGUGAAGAAAUUCGAGGAGUCAGUGAUUGCAGAUUAGCUGAAAUGUCAUGGCCUGAUUUUUAUAACAAAAAUGUUUAGUCAGUACGUAUGUAUAAUAGAUAGCAUGAAAUGAAAAGUCUUGUGUAAUUAUUUUUUCUGUCCUGUUCGGCUGUUAGGUCAAGCAGAAUGGAAGCUCUGUAUCCCUUUUAUGUUGGAACAGUUUUACUGUGUCACAGUGGAGUUUUUAAGUUGUUGUGUAAUUUGAAACUCAAUGUGACAUGAAUGUUUUUUUGUUUGUUUUUUUAAGACAGGCUAGUUUACAUGAUUUUAACAAAACAAUCUGUGCAUUACUGCUGUAAAUGUUGCUUUCACCUUACUCUGUGCUUUUUCAUACAGUAAAUCUCUUAUUUUCUA